GUCAGCCUCCAGGAAGCAGCGGAGAUAGGAGUCGGAGCCGCGGCCUGUCUGCCACUGUCUGUCUGCUCGCUGGGAGGACAGGUUCCGGCUCCGGCUCCCGCUCCCGCUCCGCUCCGCUUCGCUCCGGCUCCGGCUCCGCUGAGAGGUGAAUAUGACCAACUCGUUGCAGAAUGAAACCUUUAUUGUGGCAGAUGAUUACAUGAAGUUCUGCAUCGGAAUCAGCGGCACGCCUCCCAGCGAGUCGGCCAAAGCAAUGCGAUGCCUGGCUAAGGAGGUCGAGAACAGCCAGGGUUCCGUAAUGCGCCCUCUAAUGCAGUCGUUCCUGAUUGCCUGUGGUGCUGAGCCCUGGACCGGCCUCAGGAGCAUCAUGCUCGAGCUGGCUGGAGAUGGAAGGUUGAACUGGGGCCGGGUCAUCUCACUCUUCGCCUUCACGGGAAUGCUGGCGAGCGAACUGUGUUCCAGGGGGGAAGAUGUCAGCUGCAGCAGACGGCUAGCGGAGAUGAUAGUCGAUUUUCUCAAUGGAGAUAAGCAAGAAUGGCUGAUCCAAAAUGGAGGCUGGGGAAGACUCACCAAUUUUGCCCACGCAGCAAGACGAACAGAUCAAGAUUCAUCCAUGAGAACAGCUCUCUACGCAGCUGCAGGAGUAGGCAUCGCUGGGAUAACCUUCCUCCUCGCACGCUAGUUAAAGCGUGUCAUUCAGAAAAAUGUUCCUCUUGAAACAUGUUUUAUCAUGGUUUGGUUCAUUUGUUCAUGUACAAUUACAUGAACAUUAGAAAUUACCUGCGUCCUGGUGGGUUUAUCUAUGUCAUUUUAUGACAUUGUUACUCUUACAGUUGUAUGGGGGUUAAAUGGACUAAGAGUGGUUUAACAGUAGACAGUAAACUUCAUUCUGGUCAGGUUUGCCUAUGGGCUUGUCAACAAAGUGUCUACACUUUCGGUUCAUUUUGUAUCAUGGAAGAAAAAUAAGAUUUUGGUUUUAAUUUUAAUUUAUUUUUUGGCUCUGUAAAACUGACCUGUUUUUUUUUGUUUGUUUGGAACGGUUCAUUACUUCUGUCAGUUUCUGCUUCCAUUCUGAAAUGGUUUUAGAAAAAUAAACCUCGUCUUAUACCCGCAGAAA